UUGCUGAUGUGUUAUUUAAUUUUCUUUCAGUGAACAUAGCAGAAGAAAAUGAAUCAACGGACAUGGGAGUGAUUGUUGGAGCAGCAGCCGGAGUUGUUAUAAUAUUGCUCAUAAUUCUGGGUCUAAUCUACCUCCGGUUACGUAAGGCAACUCCAGUGAAAGAUACUGAAAACAUUGAAGGUGCUCUUCGUAAAGAAAAUCAGAAUGCUGCAGUCAUGUCUUAUGCAACUUUAAACGGAGGCAGCAGUUACGGCAUGCCACCCCACAAUGGUGUUUAUGAAAACAUGCACGAGCAUGAAAACUUGUACGAUGCUCCCUAUGAAGUUACUGGACGUCGCAGUCAUUACGAAUCUACUCCUAUUGGAAGAGACAGGACAAGUCCAGUGGUCACAAUCAAUGGUGUGGCAGUACGCUGAUGAAGAAAUGGAAACUAAUGCAGUGCACAACCUGUGGCCUGUUCUUGUAUUUAUAAAUUACAAAUGUAUCUGCAUAAAAUGUAAAUUUUGAGCAGAGAAUUUGUGGCAUAUUUCAUGUGACUGUAUCAAAUGCAUGAUACAAGUGCUUCACUCCUCCAAAGAUACCAAUAUGCCUACAUACAUUCAAUCAGUGACCAUGUAUGACACUCCAAGACUGUGUUAUGAGUGCCGAUGUGUGUAUGUGCAUCUGUGUGCUUGUCUGUUUGUUUGUUGUAUAUUUGUGCAUUGUCUGUAAAUAAAAUUAUUUUGUAGAAAUAUUUUGUAUAGAAGUGGCUGUGUGAGAAUAAAAUAUAUUUGUUAUAUUUUACAGUA